AUGUACGAGGCCACAAAAAUCCACACCGCCUACAUAGUCAAUAUCAAGCUGAUGUUUGGCCAGCAUCUCCGCCGAGUGAUCAAUAUCUUGCUCGAUAUAAAAAACAAACAGCGAGAGCUUACCCAACAACUGCAUAUUCAAAGAGCAACUGAGGAACGAAUCAAAAGAAUGCUAACAGAGCAUAUCUUCGAACCCACCAGGAUGUUCAAAGAAGGAGUUUCAACUCGCCGACUUGAAGAUGUCUUCAUCGGAGAGGGAUACAGAACAGCCUUCAUGGAAAUCUCCCCCAUCUUGACCGCAUAUCCUAAAAGAUACGAGUUCCAAAAGGACUCUAUCUAUUAUGACUCAAAAGCCUCUCCACACAACCACUUCCUCGCCUUAUUCCGUAUGGUCAAACUCUUAGAACACCUUGGGCGUAGAUCCUUCAACUGCUUCCCUCUUCGCCGAUCCUGGUCACCAGGUUAUAUGCAAAUUGACACCAGGAUACUAUCCCAAGGAACAAUCCACACCGAUGGUGUUGGUAUUUCCAUUAUCAGGCAGAACAAAGACACCACCCAAGGACCGAAUCCCAGAAGGGCUACCACAAUCAACCCUGAAAACAUUCCUUACAUUCAUGACUUGUCCCCAGAACAGCAUGAAAUAAUCUGCGGGCGUUGUGUCCUUAUCGAUCCUGGAAGAAGAGGCCUUUUAUACUGCAUGCACGAGGAGUCUACGGUGAAAACACCGAGAUGUUACCGGUACACCUCCAACCAAAAGAACAUCAGACUCAAGAGAACCAAGUUUCGUCAUAUUCUUCAGGAUCUCAAAGCUCAAGCCCCCAAUGUUAUUGCUGCAGAACGUGAAAUUUCCCAAACGUCGGGACGAGCCAAUAACACCACAAACUUUGCCUUUCAUACUUCAGUCAAAGCAGCCAACUCCUCUAUCCUCUCUUCUUUUUAUACCAGCACCGUAAGUCGUACCAGCAAGAAACCUUUGUUCCGCAAGCUUCGCUUCUCCUCAUACAUCAACCAACGUAAAGCCAGCGAACGUCUAGCCAAAGAUAUUCGUGCUAAGUUUGGCCAAGAUUGUGUCUUGGUUAUGGUAAACUGGUCUGCCCAUCACAAUAGAUACCACGAACAUAUCAAGGGUGUAGAAAUGAGGAAUCUACUUCGCAAACAUGGAUUCAAUGUUUGUUUGAUCGAUGAGUAUGCUACUUCUAGAUACUGCCCGAGGUGCUACCAGCCGUCUCUUCAAACCUUCAAGCAAGUCGAGAAUCCUCGCCCAUAUCGCCGCUCUCAAAUGCUAACUAUGACACGUCAUGGUCUCCUAAGAUGUACCAAUCUAAAUUGUUUGGAGAACAUGGACGGGUCAGAGGUUAUGCAUCGUUUGUGGAAUCGGGAUGUUGCUGCUGUCCUGAACUUCCGACGUAUACUUAACAAUCUGAGAUAUGAUGGGACUAUACCUGUAAGGUUCACCCGCGUCAUUCGGAUUGGACGUAUCAGAAGACAAGCAGAAGAAGAUCUCCAGGAGGGUCGUCGUUUGAGACAAAGACUGACUAGAAUUCAAAGAAAAUAAAAAAUUUCGUCCUGGUUACCGCUUAGGACCCACCCAAUCUACCGCUGGUAAGCCAUUAGAUUUGAAUAACUUGGUAUUUAGUUUUGUAAUGGG